UGCCUGGAUAUUUUCAGCACUGAGUUAGCUAUUUAGUAUGAUCUGAGCAAGCUUUAUAGGCCUACAAAAAAAAAAAAAAAAAAAAGAUAUCUAUUCAACUAGAGACCAAUAUCCUACUAAAUUCCACAUUUGGGACAAAUCCACCUUGGACAAAAUCUCCUCUUAGUAAAGCCGAGUGAUUCUGUCCGUGCCUUCUCUAACCGCCCCCACCCCCCAUUCCACGCCACGCCACAAUCAUGUGAGGGAAGCUCAGCAUUUCGAACCCAUUAUAAGUCCUAUGAAAGUCAUGAGACCGACACCAUGCCCUACUGGUAAGUGGUCUCCAAUCAGCUCAACUCAGGCUCGCCAGAUCGCUAGUUUCCAUAGCCAUACCGUUUGGAAUUCUGUCACAUUGUAGGCUGCAUUUUUUAUCUGCCGUUGAAAUAUUUAUAGUUAGACUAUAAAGUCAACUUAUGUUGAAAAAAUAAGACGACCAAGUUUGCUUUCACUGGUGUCCUAAAUUAAUCCCACCAUCCUGUUUGUUUGAGAAUAUGCUAUUCCACAAACGACAUAGGCGAUAUAUGGAAAACGUGAUUUAAAAUACCAGCCAACUGAUUGAAAACUUGUCUUGAGCAAAAAAAGAUUGCCUUUUUGGAAAGAUAAUAUUCCUGCAUGCGUGCGGAUUAAUGUCAUCAGCGUGUGACGUAGCUAGUCUAGGGCUGGGUUUACAGAACGCUCUUUUAUAAUACAAACUAGGCGAAACAGAAGACCGUGGUUUCUCCGCCAAGUAGGCCUACCCACAAUAUUUCUGACCACCCGCUCUGGAACAGCUGCCAGCCUCUUUAGAAUUGGUGGCUGUCUGACGUGUCCACAAUUAUGUCAUACGGGAGGGCAGACAGUUACCGCUCGCAGCCGCGGGAUUUCAACAACCUCAUUCAGACAUGCAGCACCAACAUCCAGAAAAUCACCCAGAACACUGGCCAGAUGAAAACCAUGCUGUACCAGCUGGGGACGCGACAGGACACACCUGAGCUCCAGGAGAGGCUUCAGCAGGUACAGCACUACACAAACCAGCUGGCUAAGGAGACAAACAGACACCUGAAGGAACUUGGAUCUCUUCUCCCUCCCCACUCACCUUCAGAGCAGCGUCAGCAGAAGAUCCAAAAGGACCGGCUGAUGAACGACUUCUCAGCGGCCCUCAACAACUUCCAGGUGGUGCAGCGGCGUGCUGCUGAGAAGGAGAGGGAGUCAGUGGCCAGAGCCCGCGCCGGGACCGGCCUGACGAUGGAGGAUGGGUUUCGAAAACCAGAUGAGCAACUUGUGACUUUUGAAAGUAACGAGGAGAGGAGCCUGAUUCAGACGCAGGCGGAGGAGAUGCCCGUCACAGAGGAGGAUCUAGAGGGUAUCAGAGAAAGAGAGACCAACAUCAGACAACUGGAGUCAGACAUAAUGGACGUGAACCAGAUUUUCAAAGACCUGGCAGUAAUGAUCCAUGACCAAGGGGAGAUGAUAGACAGCAUUGAGGCGAAUGUGGAGAGUGCAGAGACCCACGUGGACAGAGGGGCUGAGCAGCUGCAGCGGGCUGUUUAUUACCAGAGAAAGUCCCGGAAGAGGAAGUGCAUCCUGGCCAUCAUCCUGGCCCUGGCCCUGACCAUACUGGGCAUCAUCAUCUGGCAGGCCUCCAAAUGAAGCACACAGCCAUGCAGAUAGAUCGUACAUGGAACUGGUGACAUGUCAGGCUAUGAGUGGAGAGAGUUGAGCUGUGUGUGUGUGUGUGUGUGUGUGUGUGUGUGUAUAUGAGAGAGAGAGAGAGAGAGAGAGAGAGAGAGAGAGAGAGAGAGGGAGAGAGAGAGGGGGAGAGGGGGAGAGGGAGAGUGUGUGCAUUUUAUUGUGAAGGACCAUACAGAAGGGGUGAUAUAUCUGUGUGUGUGUGUGUGUGUGUGUGUAUGUAUGAAAGAGAGAGAGAGAGAGGGAGAGCGUGCAUUUUAUUGUGAAGGACCAUACAGAAGGGGUGAUAUAUCUGUGUGUGUGUGUGUGUGUGUGUGUGUGUGUGUGUGUGUGUGUGUGUGUGUGUGAGAGAGCAUGUGCGUGGUGUGUGUGUGUUUGAGAGAGAGAGAGAGAUAGAGAGAGAGUGUGUAUUUUAUAGUGAAAGACCACACAGAAGGGGUGAUACUGUAUAUCAGACUUUGUGUGUGUGUGUGAGUGUGUGCCUGUGUGUGUGUGUGUGUGUGUGUGUGUGUGUGUGUGUGUGUGCGCGCGCGCUAGUGAUGGUCCUCACAGUGUUCCAGUAAGUACAGUUCUGAGGAGAAGUGAAUAACCCUUCUAGAGUUUACAAGAGAGGAAGUUGCCAAAAACAGACACAAUAUCAAAUCAAAUGUUUUUACAACCCAAAGGAGAACCAAAAAGGUUUUUAAGAUGGCUGUUUCCUUAGUUACAGUAGCUUACGUGGCAACAAGGCCAGGUGAUGUGCACCAUUAUUAUGCAAAACUCAACUUUAAGUAGCCUAAUUGUCAUUGUCGAGGAUUAACUUGUAUGUUUGUGUGGGAGAGAAUGGCAGGGUACUGAGGAUAAGAAGUGCAUAAUUCGUUCUUCUUAUUCCCCAUUAAUUUUCUUACUGCAGGACUGCAUCUACUGGUAAAGGUAAAUCAUCUAAAAUGGUAAUCACGGCAAGAGCUUUGUAAUUACUGUGAACGAAUGUGUAACAUUUAAAACAAUGUGUAAACCUUGUUAAACGAGUGACUUGUUGUAAGACAUAUCUUGUCCUGUCAUAUAUAACGACUGUAGUCUCACUUUCUUCUUGUGGUCUUUUCCCCUUUGGAAUACAACUGUAUAAUAAUAGUAACUGUAUAAUAUACCCUCAUCAGCUCAAGAUGUUACCUGACUGGACUGGUGGUGAUGACAGUGCUGAGGGUCACUUAUUAAUGACCUAUAAUAAACUAUCAUGAAGAUUCAUGGUUAAAAGUCCAAUCUAUGACUCUACUCCAAAUGUAGUCAAAUUCAGCCGAUUGUAUACAGUUAUGUAAAUGUGGCCAUACAUUAUACCAGCCAAUCAAAACAUUACUUCUAGGGCAUGGAUGAAAGGGGUAUCAUUUGAUUGGCUGUCAGUGUUUUAUUAUUAUUCAUAAUAA